AUGACUUCUCUAUUGAAAAAAGCUGGCCUGGUGUUCGACGAGAACAAGGUGAAGCCGUUCCUGAAGAUGAGCAUCACAAGGCUGAACCUACUCGUCAACAAGAAGGCGAACCACAUCAAGAUCAGCAAGAAGGAGAUCGCUAGGCUGCUCGCCGAUGGAAAAGAGGAGAAGGCGCGCAUCAAAGUGGAACAGGUCAUUCGAGAGGAUUUCACGAUAGAAGCAUACGACGUUUUGGAGCUGCAUUGCGAGCUGGUGGCGGAGCGCAUGCGUCUGGUAGCGUCUCAAAAAGACGUCCCCCCGGACAUGGAGCAGGCGGUGUGCACCAUAAUCUGGGCGGCAGACCGAGCAGAGGUUUCGGAGCUGUCGACGGUGAAGUCUCAGUUCGUCAAGAAGUACGGCAGCGAGUACGUGAGGUUGGCUGAGCUGAACGAGGGCGGCUGCGUCAAUCCGAAGGUGGUAGAGAAGCUCGACUGCCAGCCUCCCUCGAGCUUCGUCGUCACGGAGUACCUCCUGGGAAUUGCGGAGGAAUACGACGUAGAGUACACCCCCGCUGCCCCGAUCCGCCGGAAAAGCUCGACCGACCGUGAAGCUGCCGCAGCUGCAGCGGCGGCCUCAGGCCCACAGCCCGCGUACCAGGUACCAAGCAGUCGAAGGCCAAGCUCUGGGGGCGGGGACGGGGGCGGGGGCGGCGGCGGCAGCACCGUUCCUCCCGGCGGAGGCGGGAUAUCGUCCCCUCCCCCAGUAACCGCCUGGGCGCUUCCGCCUUCGGACGGGAUUCCGCUCGCCACGGCUACGCUGUCGCCGCAAAACUCGUUCGGUGGCGGGGGGGCGGCGGCGGGCGGCGGCGGCAGUGCGGGUUGGGACCCGUCGGCAGCAGCAACGCCGGCGGACAGGUAUGUGCCGGGUGAGAACGAGAAGGGACACUACCGGGAUACGAGCGGCGGCAACAACCCCUACCGACGGGGCAGCGGGGGGUUCGCGGAAGCGACAAGCGGUUGGGGGCCUUCGGACGCAGGGCUCGACGCAGGCGCCGGCGCGAAGGGGGAGGACGCCCCGCCCCCGUACUCUCCUCCGCGAAAAGCCACCUACGACCACAACGACAUCCCCUCGCCGCCGAAGGCGAGACCCAUGCCUUACGACAUUCCUGCGGCACCCGGGUACGAAGACAAGCCAACGAAGCCCGACGCGGGGGACGACAGCAGCAGUGGUCCCGCCGCACCCUCCGGAGGCGGCGACAGUGAACUUGACGACCUUGCGGCAAGGUUCAUGAACCUCCGCAAGUAACGUUCGCCAUGAAAUAAUUAGCGGGGUCGACGGCUGUUAUUCUUCUCUGCAUUGGCCGUGUCUCCUAAGCCAUAGAGCCGAACAGCCGGGGAAGCGUCAGUUUUGAACACGCACUCAGACGGAUGAUCGAUGGGUGCAUUCGUUUUGGGGAUUGGGGCUCCCCCCGCGCUAGCGUUUUGCUUCCAAACCCAUGUGAAUGAUACAUGUGUCCUGGAUAUGUGAGCAGGAUCGAAUGGCAGGCGUUUGGCUUGGACGGGAAACAAAGAAGCUGGCGAGCGGGGCUGGUGUGUUUUUGUAUGUCCAGCACGUUGCUCGAUCUUGAGGGCGGCACAUGUGGCGACGGGGUUUGCACCACUAUACUUUUGGUUUGGCAGUCGGAUGUUUCGCCAAGGUGGCGCAUGUUUGCCUGUCGGGUAUCGAGCCGCCGUUAUUUGGUCGAAUUGUUGUUGAUCGGGAUUUGCCUUCCUGCCAUCACCCCAUGGUUCCCAACCGGAGCGUGUUGUAAGCACAUUUUGCGGCCAGGUGUAGCGUAGUCUAGAGCUUGUUUUGCCCGCUGGCCGCGCUGGCCGAUCCCCGUGAACACUCUGCCGUGCCGGCCGUUGUUAUUCAUGUAACCUAAAUAUGACCGCUUCAUAUCGGCUUUUUCUCUUACCUUGGACUUACUUGGUGAGGG